ACGGGCCCCGGGUUGGUGUUUGUAAACUUGCCUCGGUCCCGGCGCGAGCAGCGGCGGCCGCGGGCUUGGCACGGGGCGCCUGGGGCCUGGAGGGGGCGCCGCGCGGCGGAGGAGACGGCGGGAGACCGCGCCGGACAGGUUUCUGGACCAGACCUAGAGCUUCACCAAGAGAAUUCGACUUGGAAACCAAGACUGGUAGACUCUCGUUUCUUCCGGCAAGAAGCAGAAGUCAGAGAGAGACUACGGAUUUUUGGGACACCUGUUUUCCUUUUGGAGGACGCUAAGUUCUUUGGGAAGACAAGACAGUUCAGUAUGGCAACAGAACUGAAAGAACAGGAGGGAGAGCCAUUACUGUGAUUUGGUGACAGUUCUUCAAACAACAGUGUCCUAAGGAAAAUUGGAUAAAGAAUUUCUGAACUUGUUUUGGGUUCGUUAAGUGAGGAGUCAGCAUGGCUCAGGUAAAAAGCUCUAGCGUCCUCCUUCAAGACCGUUCACUGGGAAGCCUGUUUGCAGUGUCACUCUUGAAUUCUGCCUUAGUCAACAGUAUUGGCCAUCCCCAGUGAGCCGAGCUCUGUAUUAAGCACCAGGGGGAGAUCUAGAGGAAGGAAAGGAGACAGGCCACAGCCCCUGCCUUCAGGGAGCUUCCAGUCAAAUGAAGGAGGAAUUUUAUUGAGCUCCUGUUACAUGCAAGGCAUUGUGCUUGGAGUACAAAGAUGAAUAAGAUUGUCCUUGUCCCCCAGUAAGCUUCCAGGCUAGUUGGGGGGAGGGGGGAUGACGGAAAGACAGUCUGUUAUUUACUACUCUUAUAUUCAUGGUGCCCUGCGAGAUAGCUGGCUGGUACUAGAGACUCUCCGAGUCUGUUGAUUAAAGGAGUUCAUGGCGCUAGAAGGGUGUUGCUGCACGCCGGCACUUCUGCCUGGAUGGGAAAAAGGAAGAGAAGCUUGCAGUUAGCACAGGAUUUUGCUAGAUAAACAGGAGGGCAUUCAGACAGAGGGACUGUGUGGGCAUGGGGUGCCACUGGCGGUCGGUGGGUAGUUAAGGAGCUAAAGGAUUAGAGAUGGGGGAUCGUUAGGCAGGGUAGGUAAUGAAGGAGGGGGUUUGUUUUCUGGAGGCGUCAGAGAGACAGGGAAGAUAACGAAAGUGGGGAGUUGUUUCCUGGAGAAGUCAGCUGAGUGUGGCCCAAGGGUUUUUUGUGUCUUCCUAAGGAAUUAGAUGUUACUGUCCAGAGAGUGGGGACCUCCCCCCCCCUCAAAGCAAUGUCGUUCAGAAGAUAGCUGUCAUUGUGAAGGUGGCAGAUGGAUUGAUUGGAAGGACGAGAUGACCAGAGGGACAGUUAGAGUCUUCUGAAUGGAUAGUCGUGCGCUUCUCUGAGCUUUCUUUGAGGAAAACCUCUACCAGUCUCACCAGGAUGGCAGCCUGAUUAUAGUGGGAUUGGCUUUCUUCCAAGUGCUGCAGCCUCUGGGCCUUUCCCUUUGUCUGUUUGCAGCUUACUCCACGGCAUUCGCUGUGCUUACUGUUCUGAGGAGGUUGCUUCUACCAGGCAUUGACUUUGUGCUUGGCACUAAGCAUUCUACAUCCCUCUCCUGUCCUCCUUGGCCCUGUGAGGGUAGGCACUCUGACAGGUUUUUACGGUUGAGGGAAGCAAGGCUUCAAAGGUGGAGAGGCUUGCCCAGAAUUGCAAAGUCCAAACAGCAAAACUAAGAUUUUUUUUUAACUUCAAAGUUCAUGGAAGUGAAAGAAGAGAUUCCCAAGACACAUUGAUCAUCCAAAGGAAAAUAUUUUUACUAAUCCGGGUGUUUGUUGACUAAGAGACUUUCUUGAGUAAGAGAAAUCUCAAAGCACCUCUAUUGAAUUAACUUUCCAAAUUUUAUUUAGUGCACACUUAGAAAUGACCUAAAGGGGGUUGAAGGGAGCCAAGUGUGGUGUCACAUACUAAUUCCAGCACUCGGGAGGCAGAGGCAGGCGGAUCUCUUUAAUUUGAGCCCAGCCUGGUCUAUAGAGUGACUUUCAAGACAGCCAGAGCUACACAGAGAAACCCUGUCUUGAAAAACCUAAAAAUAAAAUGAAUGGCCAAAGUGAAAAGAAACUAUAUAUUCAACUCCAGAACCUGGAGGUUUUGUUUGCUGUGGCUGACAGCAGUUAGGGAAUUUAAAAUCUAGGGUGAGAGAGAGCCCAAGAGCAAAUGUCGUUGGCACCAACAAGGCCUACCUGUCCAGAGUGUGCUUUGAAUCCAGUCAGUGUUGGGGGCCCAGCCCUUCCAAAGGACCCACCUCAGUCCCUCACAGAUAACUAACUUCAGCUCCAGAGGAUCUGACGCCCUCUUCUGGUCUCCUUGGGCACCUUGCCCAUAUGUGGCAUAAGCACGCGCGCGCGCACACACACACACACACACACACACACACACACACACACACAGACAAAGUAAUAAAUAUUUCAAAAACAGCAGAGGGGUCAGCAAGGUUCUUCAUCAGAAGCGGCUUGCUGUCAGUCUGACAACGGGAAGAAGAGAACUGACUCCUCGAAUGGUCCUCAGACCUCCACAUGCUCCAUGACACUGGCCUGCGGGUGCGCACACAAAAUAAAUAGGCAGAGGUAAUAAAGAUAAAAGAAUUCAGAAGGAAGGCAUUGCCCUAGGAAUCUCCGAUCUCAUUGGGUCAGACAGACAGAUGUCAUACCUACAGUUAAAGCUGGGAAGUGUCUUAGGUCGUAUGUCAUCCCACGUGCUGUUUGGUGCAGUAACCACAAGUGUUCAUGCUGCAUGAUUAACUUCAUCAGUGUUUCAUUCGUUGCCUAAGGGGGUGCACAGGGGGAGUAGCUCCUGGUGAGACAGUUAGAAAGGACUUGGAGGAAGCAAGGCGUGGCUGUGAGGGAGUCUUUCCCUGGAGAGAAGCAAGUUGUUGCUGGGUGUAGAUGUGGGUCUGUUGAGGAUGGCAGCCUGUCUCUGCCCUGCCCCGCCAGGAGACCUGACACCUCAUCUCCUUUCAACUUAGGCAAGUCUUCUGGCUUGUGAAGGCCUAGCAGGUGUGAGUUUGGUUCCCACUGCAGCCAGCAAGAAGAUGAUGCUGAGUCAGAUUGCCAGCAAGCAGGCCGAAAAUGGCGAGCGGGCAGGUAGCCCCGAUGUGCUGAGGUGUUCCAGUCAGAUGGACUGUAAGCCUAGAUUUGAUUUGUCUUCAAAGGGCCACCGAAAAGACAGUGAUAAAUCCCGCAACCGCAAAGAUGAUGACACCUUGGCUGAGGCCUCUCAUUCAAAAAAGACUGUUAAAAAGGUGGUGGUAGUGGAACAAAAUGGCUCUUUUCAAGUAAAGAUCCCCAAAAAUUUUAUUUGUGAACACUGCUUUGGAGCCUUUCGGAGCAGUUAUCACCUCAAGAGGCACGUCCUUAUCCACACGGGUGAGAAACCGUUUGAGUGUGACGUAUGUGAUAUGCGUUUCAUCCAGAAGUACCAUCUUGAACGCCACAAGCGGGUACACAGUGGCGAAAAGCCUUACCAGUGUGAACGAUGUCAUCAGUGUUUUUCUCGGACAGACCGAUUACUCAGACACAAACGGAUGUGCCAAGGAUGCCAGUCCAAGACUUCUGAUGGGCAGUUUUCUCUAUAGGCAGGAGGGGCCCUAGGUGGUGGGAGUGAUGAGGAGUGUCUCCUGAAGAGCAUGACCUGUGCUCUGACGUCCCACCACCACUCCCUCUGGACCUGUCCCCUUUCUAGAGGACUGGCCCCUGGCGAGCAGAAGAGCAUCUGAGGACAUCGGCUCCAGAGCCUCAGCUCUGUAACUAGUCUGGGACUAUGAGUGUCCCGGGGACACCUGCAGCAUUCCUGGGCAAGGGAGCUGGUCCCUGAACCUCAGCCGAGGUGAGGUGGGGACUCAGGUGCAGGACCAAGACUGAAGUGUUCCCACAACCUAGGACUGGAACUGGCAGCUAAAAUGGAAAGGACUGGGGAGGGGUAUUCGUUUGUUCUGCUCUUGUUUUUGUUUAUCCAAAAGCAGUUUCAGCAGGUAAACUGGAGACACAGGUAAUGUGGAGGGGUAAAGUCCUGAAGCACAGGGAGGACUGUGCUGGUCUGGCCGUUCCUGUUACUGUAGUCCCUCAGUGUUCCACAGCCCUGCACAGUACUUCCUCUUUGAAAGCAGGCAGGGCGGGGGCUGGCAGCUGAGCUUCCUUGGACUUCUUAUACACUGUGAGGACAAAAGGAGAAACUAGGAAGGACAGACGUGGGCUGGACAAGAAGAGUGGGCAUACCUUUUUUUAUCUCCUCAAGAAGAGUGGUGUUGUGCCACGGGCGUUCCCAUGGUUUGUGCAGCCCUGGGGCCUGAUGGGGUCAGCUCAAGUGCCUUGUGGAGGAAACUUGGGUGGGGUGGCCCAUGCAGCCCUCUCUGGGCAGUCGGUCUUGGUUGUGGUUUGUGGCUACCUCGCUUGUCCUUGACUCCAGAACCCAGGCGGAGUUGAGCAGGGAGUUGUGAUGUCUGAGUGGGCUGUCCUUUGUGCCCUCUUAGAACAAGGAUAGUCCAAAGUUUUGCUAACAACUGUGAGAACAAAGAUUGUGACAGUCCUGACUGACGUGCGUGAUAGAGCCCUCUCCCUGCUGGAGUCCUCCGCCUGUUCAAGUAGAGGAGAUGGAGGUCUGGUCUGGUCUUCAGUCUCAAAGAACCGACCUUGGCUCCCUCCUUGAUAGGCAUCCCUACAGAGUGGUGGGCGAGGAUGCUACAGAGGGAGGGAGGAUUGCAGGAAGACACCUAAUGUCUGUUUUGUUCUUGACCUUAACUCUGUUCCAACACCCUGUCCAUCUUGUCUUCCCCUGGAAUAGUGAUUGGAUUUGUUUGUAUGUCUGAUUUGUGAGUGCUUGUGUUUCUUUGCUUGGAAGGGAUGAGAGUUAUUGACCGAAAUUUAUUCGGCCACCAACUUAGAGGACAGACAGACUUGAAGGACGUCUGCCUCCCAGAGCUCGCUGAGAACAAGGGAACAGAGGGGCUUGUUCCAGAAGGGUGUCGAGGCUUUUCCGGUUGUUGUUAGGUUGAUUUAACAGUGUACUGGCCAUAGUGUUUCUAAGCCAGGGCUUCUGAACAUGUAUUUCCUAAAGUGAAAUAACACUCUUCCUGCUAAAGAGAGGAUUCUCAAGGGAGAUGUUGGGAUUUUGUUGAGCGCUACCCGCCCCGAGGCCUACUUCAGGUGUAAUCACUGGGUUACACCUGAGUGCACAGCUGCAGCUGCAGCUGUGGGUAGGACUCUGAGAUGGCGGCCUCCAGGAAGAAGUUCUUGACUUGCAAAUGAAAGCCAGGCAGCAACCUAUCCUAAGGUCUUUUCCAAUUUUGGGGGGGAUGGUCUGCCACAACUUCAGGGCAGAGGUACUAAACGGAAGAAGGGAGGGUGUCUCACCCUUCAGCUCUCCUCUGGUAGCACUUGAGAGGAGGUCUGAGGAACAUGCACUGCCGUGUGUCCUAGCUGUCUGCUGUCCCUCUGACAUGCUCUAGGACCUGUACCUCAGACCUUCAUCCACCACAUGGCCCCUGGGCAUCCGUGCGCAUGUCACACAGACCCUUUACUGUUAGAGGGUUCUGCUGGGCUGGGAUUUUUCUGUCAUAAAACUCUGGGAAAGAGGAUACAUUGAGAAAGAUAUCCUUCCAAAAAAUGCUUUUGAGAGUGGGGUCCCUCUCUGCCACUUGAAGAUGAUCCGUUUGUGCUGAAAGUUGUAAGAGUGACCCGUGCCUCUGCAUGUAUGAAUGUGUGUACUGGGUCAGAGCAGACCCUGCAGACCGUGGCUGAGAGAAGUGAGAGAACUGAAUGUGUACAUACAGCUCAACCACACUGCCAAGGCCAGGUUCGAGAAGCUCAGAAGUUGGCAGUGGGUGAGGGCAGACAGGCUCUGGGGUGGAGGUAAUACAACAGCCCAGGAGCCACAUCUCUACCCAGGGAAUGCAGACAGCCGUAAAGGUUCCUGGGCCCGACGCCGCCUCUGCUGGGGUGGGCCGUUAGCACUGGACAGAUGUCUCAGGUGUGUGUGGAAGGGACAUGAGGAGAAGGUGGGUGCUCAGACAUCAGAAUGUGGAUAUGGGGCUGGUGGGGAGAGUAAUACCAGUCCUAGGGUGGACUCCCACAUCAGGCCCUGCCAUCCUGCCCUUGCUGGUGCCUGCCCUUUCCGUCAGUCAGUCCGUCCGUCCGUCCCCAACAGCCUCUUGUCAUCAUUUAGCUACUGAUUGUACUUUAUGGCUUGACAUAGGGUUAGAGGAGUGCGGUGGCCACUCUCUCCCCGGGUUCCCUCUGCCCCUGCUAUGGCCCUGGGCUUUUAUCUUCAGUUCCCCUCCUGUCCUGCUCUUUUUUUUUUUUUUUAAAUAUACUUAUUUUGCUAUGAGGGAGGGGACUAUCGAAUGGACAAGAUCACUUUUAAUGUAGUUUUUAUAAGAUGUUAUAAACUCGUAUCUUUUUACCAUUAAAGUGCAGUGUAUGUUCCUUCGUGACACAUUUAGGAUAUUUAAAUAAAAAGGAUGGCGCUUUUCUACA